UCGAAACCCAACGGUGCUGCUUUCUCUCUUAAGUCUUACCUUUCCCCUCAUAAUCAACCCGCCAUGCCGCAAUUUCGCUCACUCUGAUUACAUCAUCUCAUUCUCUCUCAUUGCUACUAUUCCCUUCAAUGGCAGCCGUUACUUCUUUGUCCUUCUUCGCGUUAACCCAAUGUUCUGAAAGAAAGCCAGCUGUCCCUUCCACUCGCUUCCUCGGGUUCAAUUCGGAGGCAUUGCGGUUUCGGACGAAUAUUUCUUAUCACUAUGCUGGCGUUAGAGCUUCCAAUUCCACUUCUAAACUGAUUAUUCAAUGCAUGUCUUCCGCGACAGAUGUUCCCACUGUAGCCGAGACAAAGUUAAAUUUCCUCAAGGCAUAUAAACGGCCAAUCCCUAGUAUCUACAACACUGUGCUUCAGGAGCUCAUUGUUCAGCAACAUUUAAUGAGAUACAAGAGAUCUUACCGUUAUGACCCCGUAUUUGCACUUGGUUUUGUCACUGUGUACGAUCAACUCAUGGAUGGGUAUCCUAGUGAUGAAGAUCGAGAUGACAUCUUCCAAGCAUAUAUUAAGGCAUUGAAGGAAGAGCCAGAACGAUAUAGAAUAGAUGCACAGAAGUUGGAAGAGUGGGCCCGGGCUCAGAACCCAACUUCCCUGGUUGAGUUUUCUUCCAGAGAAGGAGAGGUGGAGGGGGUAUUAAAGAAUAUCGCAGAAAGAGCAGGUGGCAAGGGGGAUUUCAGUUAUAGUCGUUUCUUUGCAAUUGGUCUAUUUCGACUUCUUGAGCUGGCAAAUGCGACAGAACCGGCCAUUUUGGAGAAGCUUUGUGUAGCUCUGAACAUCAAUAAAAGAAGUGUUGAUAGGGAUUUGGAUGUGUACCGUAAUCUGCUUUCCAAGUUGGUUCAGGCAAAAGAGCUGCUGAGGGAAUAUGUUGACAGGGAGAAGAAGAAAAGAGAAGAAAGGACUGAAUCUCAAACGGUUAAUGAGGCCAUUUCAAAAUUUUGGGGACAAAGUAUCAAUCUUCUGGCCUCUAGACAUUAAUGAAACUAUCUCCCCAUGAUGAUUGCGCAUCCUCGGCUUCAUUUUUCUUGGUUCUUGAAUAAUCAGUCAGGCUCUGUUAUCAGCUUGGUUCUACAUGUUGUAUUUAAUGUAUUACCUCUCACGGUGAUCCAGCUGAACCCUCACCCUGUCAAUAUGAUUAUAUCUUCCCCUUUUAAAUGUACUGUUUUCCUCGGCGGCAGAUAUAUAUAUAUAUUUAAUAUAUUAUCAAUUAUCAAUUAUCAA